AUUACUGAGUCUGUAUGUGACCUGGGAGAUGGAGAGGCCGGGACCAGGAGAGAAGCAGGCGGACGCUCAUAGGACGGCAGCAGCCACCACCCCCAUCCCAUCAGCACCCGUCACCAUGGCAACAGUCAGCUCCGGCAGCACCAUGUGCACCCCGGCGCCCUCUACUUCCCUGAGCAUCAUCUCGCCCGACCGACAGGCGGUCCAGGUGAUCCAACACGCCAUCCACAGACCUCAGAGCAUGGCGGCCCAGUACCUGCACCAGAUGUACGCCGCCCAGCAGCAGCACCUCAUGCUGCAGACCGCCGCCCUGCAGCAGCACCAGCACAGCCCUCAUCUGCAGAGUCUGGCCACCAUUCAGCAGGCUUCAGUCUGUCAGCGGCAGUCGCCUUCUUCAUCCGGUGGCAGUUUGGUUCAUCAGCCUGCUGGUGUUUCCCAAAACUCAAUUACUUUACCAGCGUCUCCAGUGACAGCCCAGCUGAUUGGACAAACCCAAACAUCCACCGGUGCUACAACCACCAUAUCCCAGCAGGCCAUGCUCCUGGGAAACAGACCGGCCAACUGUAACCAAGCUCAGAUGUACCUCCGCACUCAGAUGCUUAUUCUAACCCCUGCUGCCACGGUGGCUGCAGUUCAAUCAGAGCUCCCUGCUGUCACCUCCUGCUCCUCUUUACCUACCUCCUCUCAGGUGCAGAAUCUGGCUCUGCGUGCCCACUUGCCUGGAGCUCUGGCCACAGCCCACAGUGUGAUCUUAAAGCCUUCGGCCCAGUCACAAGCCCUGACUACAACCACAUCUUUAUCCAAGACCUCAAUCUGCGGCCUGAAAACCAACCAGCUGACUGACAGCUCAACAGAAACAGGACCGGCUGAUGUCACCCGGCUGGUCUCAGGACCGCAGAUUAUAACGCCAGCCUACUCUCCGGUGCAGACCAACGCUCUGAUCAAGCAGCAGCUGUCCUGUCCGCCGGGCCAGCGGAUGGCGCACCACCAGCUCAUCCUCCAGCAGGCUGCAGGAGGAGCUCCGCACCACAGGCAGCUCCAGCCCAUCGCUCUCAGAGUAGCACCUCAAGAAGCCAACUCCAACCCUCUUUCUCUUUCAGUAAAGAGACUGACCACUCCCAGCACCCAAUCGAAAACCAACAACGGCCACCAAGCCCCUUCUUCUUCGUCUGUCACCAGCGUGUUUGCAUCCUUAGCUCAGACCUCAAUCCCAGCCGCCAGCGUUCAGCCUCAGCCUCCCCCUCUGGUGGCCGCUCCACAGCGGCGGACAACAUUCCCACAAGUUCAGAACCAUCCUCCGCCUCCUCCUCCGCCUCUGGUUCUCCCCCGGCUGCCCCAGAACCCCCCAGCUUCCCUCCAGAGGCUGUCCCUGCACUCGGUCCAGGCUUUGGCGGUCCAGUCGGGACGGAUGAUGCUGACGGAGCGGGAGCUACCCGUAGCAGAGGCUCUGGUCCAGAUGCCCUACCAGAACCUCCCUCCUCCUCAGACGGUGGCUGUAAAUCUGAAAGUGCAUCGAGUCAGACACAAUGAAACUCCAUCGUCCGGGCAAACGUGCAAAGUGAAUGGAUUGAGCUCAGAGGAGAGGAAAGAUGCAAGUUCUCCCAGUUCACAGCGCGACAGGACCCAGACACCCCUCACUGGGCCUCCUAAGCAGAACGGUGCAGUGACGGGUUCAUCCUCCAUCGUAUCCAGUCGCUCCGUGAUCAGGUCGCCUGUGGUGGAAGAACCGUCCCAGCUCACCUCCACCAGCAGCAACCCUCCUCCUCCUCCUCCUCCUCCUCCAUCUCCUCCUCUGCCUCCUCCCGUCCUGCCAGCAGCAGUAAGAGGCCCCAGCCAGCCCCCCUCCCCCGCCAGCCGCCCAGGCAGCCCCGACAGGAUACUGACGACCCAUGUCCUCACACACCUCAUAGAGGGCUUCGUCAUCCGAGAGGGCCUGGAGCCGUUCCCGGUGGUCUCCUCGCUGCUCGCAGACCAGCAGGCUUCACUUCCUGAAUCCCAGGAGAUACAAACUAACGGGGAUGCAGCAGCAGAGGACAGUCCGCUGGAUGCUGACCAGUCGGACACAACAGACUCAGAGAUGGAGGACGAUGGCCCUGCAGCAGAUGUUGCAGAGCUGGGGGUGGCAGGUGUGCUGCAGUGUGAGUUCUGUGGGAGUCGAGGUUACUCUCACACAUUCCUGCGCUCCAAACGCUUCUGCUCCAUGACGUGUGUCAGAAGGUUCAGUGUGAGCUGCAGCAAGCGUAUCACUGUGCUGAGAGCGGGUCGCUGGGGUCACAGGCCGAUGGGCAGGAGAGGACGACCCCCCAGCAGCAGAGUCAACGGAGCCUCCAGAGAACAUUUCCUGAGACAGGCUCGUGGGUCGUUUGAAUCGGAGGAGACUCGUGAAAACUCCCCGAGAGACGAGGAAGACCAGGAUGAAGACGAGGAAGACGAGCCUCCCGUUCCCAUGACAACCAGGCUCCGGAAACAGGCCGAGAGAGAACGAGAGAGGGAGAGAGAGCAGGACAGAGAGCCGGAUCAGAGGAUGACAGAAACAAUCAGUGUUUCUGACGGAGAAGAAGACGUCAGCCGUCCGUCUCAGUGGAACGUAGAACGAGUGUUCUCUUAUAUCAACUCCCUGCCAGGUGGUCGGGAUGUAGCCGAGGAGUUUCGCUCCCAGGAAAUAGACGGUCAGGCUCUGCUGCUUCUAACCGAAGACCACCUGGUCAGCACCAUGAACCUCAAACUGGGACCUGCACUCAAACUGUGUGCCCACAUUAAUUCUCUGAAAGAUGCAUAAACAUGGAUGUGUUGAUGAAGAAAAACAGGAGGACGGCCUUUUUUUACGGAGGACCACUUUCCUUGGACUUUUCAAACAGAGAGUUAAAAAACGCAGAGUGCAUCAUGUUGAACUGAAACCAUGAAAACACAGACUGCUGUUUUUCUUGAGAACACUGCCAAUCAUUUCACUCCGGAGUGAAGUCCACACACUGUAACAGCUGAUUUUAUUACAUAAGAUGAGCAUUUCUUUCUAUCUCCUCUUGUCUUUCAAUUCCAGUGAUUGUAGCAGUUUGGCUCCGCUUAUCCAUUUGUUUCAAAAUGGUAAAUUAAAAGUUCUUUGUAUCAUUUGUAAACAAAGAAAACAACUUAUUACAUUAUUACACAGAAAGUUAAAGGAUGCUGUACAAUCUCAAAGUUUACAAAACAGAUUUACUAUC